GCUGUCCGGCAGCCAUCGGUCUCGGGUCCCUUUUUUCCCUGCUCUGUGUCAGCUCGUGGUUUUAGACUGAGGGGUGGUUUCUCUUCCAGCUGUCUAUAAAACGAGGCAGCGGGGAAAGGAGCUGUGCAGCUACCAGUGGGAUGGGCGACUCAGCCAAUUGACCAGACUUUUGCUUCUCGGGUAGCAAGCACUCCGGACACAGUUUUGGAAGUAUUCCACCAACCUGCUAUGCAUGUUGUGGCCUGUCACCUCUGUACUCUGAGCACUGCAGUAAAAAAAGAAGGAAGAGGAAAAACUCUCAUCACCGAGGGGAAACUACAGGCAACAUCCAAGUGAAACUAGACGGGAAUCUGGUAGGAGACGAAACCUGCUGUGGUUCUGGCACAGCUCCCUCCCACUGCUCAGCCUGAAGAACCUGCCUUCCUGACACAAACAGCAAAAGGCUCCAACAGCAUCAGCUUGAAGACGGUGCAGCAGUUGUCCCUGUAGAAGAAACUGGUCUGGCAUUUGUAAGGUUACACCCCACGAAACAUGCUGACGGAGCACUGAAGCAAAGACAUACAUCGGUUUCAAGUUUAACUUCGAUUAAAUCAUCUAUCAAUGGAUUUAUCUCAAGGCUAGUGGUGAAGGACCUGCCUGAAAAGUGUUAAAACUCUCACACAGUCAAUUCAUCUGUAAGGAGCCUCUUUUUGGGGGUCACUCGAUUGCCAACAGGCUCAGGGCGGCUGCACAGGAAUACAGGAUUGAAGCCCUGACACCCAAAGAGGCAAAGAAGAAAUGGCUGAAGGAGAAAUAACAACAUUCACGGCUCUGACAGAAAUGUUUGACCUUCCAAUGGCAGAUUACAGGAAGCCCAAGCUGCUUUACUGCAGCAAUGGAGGCCACUUUUUGAGGAUACGUCCUGAUGGCAAAGUCGAUGGCACGAGGGACCGAAAUGACCAACACAUUCAGUUGCUGCUAACUGCGGAAAAUAUUGGUGAGGUGUAUAUACAGAGCAUGGAGUCUGGACAGUACUUGGCUAUGGAUGACAAUGGGCUUUUAUAUGGCUCGCAGUUACCAACGGAAGAAUGUUUGUUUCUGGAAAAGAUGGAAGAAAACCAUUAUAAUACCUAUACAUCGAAGAAACAUGCAGAUAAGAACUGGUUUGUUGGCUUAAAAAAGAAUGGAAAAAGUAAACUGGGACCACGGACACAUUUUGGCCAAAAGGCUAUACUUUUCCUUCCACUACCAGUGCCUCCGGAUUAGACAGUUUACCUCACAAAGUACAGUGUGCCCCUUAGGGUCCCUUUGGAUUAACUACCCAGUAGCCUUUCCAUUUCCUCUCCAUUUAUUCUGCCACUUUAGGGAACAUUAAAAAGUAAGGGACAAAAGUGUGUGGGACAAAAAAAAAAGGCAAACUAUAUUAAAUAUGCACCUACUGUUAACAUAAUACAGAUGCAUCCAAUAAUAUUUCCGAAAUGGACCAAGUGAAUUAUAGUCAUAGAUAGGCAUACACACACAGCUCCUCCAACCAUACAUAGCAAGGCUUCCCUUUUUGAAAGAAGUAUUUAGAUAUUAUAAUUUUCUAAGACAGCUUUUCAUAAUCCUUAUUUAUCAUGUGGAAGCAUAAUCGAUGACAC